GCGCGGAGCGGAGCGGGGCGCGGAGCGGAGCCGGGCGAUGCCGAAGCCGGGGGCGCUGCUGCUGCGGGGCAGCCGGCCCGGGGACAGCGAGCUGGGCCGGCAGUUCCGCGACUGGUGCCUGCGCACCUACGGGGACUCCGCCAAGACCAAGACGGUGACCCGGAGCAAGUACCAGCGCAUCGCCGAGGUGCUGCAGGGCGGCCCCGGCCCCGGCCCCGGUCCCGGUCCCGGCCCCGGCGCCGGCGCCGGCGGGGAGAAAGGCAAGUUCCAGUUCUGGGUCCGGUCCAAGGGCUUCCGCCUGGGCAACGGCAGCAGGGAGGCGACGAAGAUGGGUCAAGUGGUGGUAUAUGUGCCGGUGAAAACGGGAACGGGGGCAGAUGGACUGUCGGAGCCCGAGGGCAUCUCUCUGAAACGCGUUGCUGUGGUGGAAGAUUUCUUUGACAUCAUAUACUCAAUGCAUGUGGAGAACUCGUCGGAGCCAGGCAAAGCGCCCAAGCAUGCCGGGCAGAAGAAAACCUACCGAGCGAUCGCAGAGACCUAUGCUUUCCUUCCAAGAGAAGCUGUGACCAGGUUUCUGAUGAGUUGCACGGAGUGCCAGAAGAGGAUGCAUUUCAACUCCAACGGACUGGAGCCCAAAGAAAGCGAGCCGCCCUCCUCUUUGGUCUCGGGAAUCAUCGACUACAACAUGCCGCUCACCUCCACGUACUUGAAGCAGAUGAAGCUGCGGGUCAUGAAUUCACAAGAGCAGGAUGAGACCUCGGUGAGCAGCGAGGAUUUUGAUAUGAACGACUCCACAUGGAUCUCAGCUGACCAGCAUCUGAACUCCAGCUUGAGCCCCAGCCAGGACGAGAGCAUGCGCAGCCCUCAAAACCUCCACAGCCAGGAGGAUGACGACUCGUCGUCGGAGAGCUGCAGCGGGAACGGCUCCUCCACCCUGAACCCCUCCACCUCCAGCAGCACGCAGGGGGACAGCGCCUUCCCCGAGAUGAACGGCAAUGGCACGGCCGCCCCCAUGGACUUCGCCGCCUCGGCCGAGGACCAGCCCAUCAACCUGUGCGACAAGCUCGCGCCCGCCCACGUCACUCCUUCCUACCCGUCGGACGGCUGCAGCGCGGACGGGCUGCGGAGCCGGGUGAAGUACGCGGCGAAGACGACGGCAGAGUCUCCCCCCUACAGCUCCGGCAGCUAUGACUCCAUCAAGACUGAGGUCAGCGGCUGCCCCGAAGACCUGACCGUCGGCCGAGCGCCAACAGCCGAUGACGACGACGACGACCACGACGACCACGAGGACAAUGACAAAAUCAAUGACUCCGAGGGGAUGGAUCCCGAGCGGCUGAAGGCCUUCAACAUGUUUGUGCGUCUCUUUGUGGACGAGAAUCUGGACCGGAUGGUUCCCAUCUCCAAGCAGCCCAAGGAGAAGAUCCAGGCCAUCAUCGAGUCCUGCAGCCGGCAGUUCCCCGAGUUCCAGGAGCGGGCUCGCAAGCGCAUUCGCACUUACCUCAAGUCCUGCCGCCGCAUGAAGAAGAACGGCAUGGAGAUGACCAGGCCCACCCCACCCCACCUGACCUCAGCCAUGGCAGAAAACAUCCUGGCAGCCGCCUGCGAGAGCGAAACACGGAAAGCAGCCAAGAGAAUGCGGCUGGAGAUCUACCAGACAUCCCAGGACGAGCCCAUCGCUCUGGACAAGCAGCACUCCCGCGACUCCACGGCCAUCACCCACUCCUCCUACUCACUGCCAGCUUCGUCUUACUCCCAGGACCCGGUCUACAUCAACGGGAGCCUGAACUACAGCUACCGUGGCUACGGGACCCUCGGGGGCAGCCUCCAGCCACCCACUUCGCUCCAAACAGGGAACCACAGUAACGGUCCCACUGAUCUCAGCAUGAAAGGGGGGGCAUCCAGUACCGCCCCGUCCAACAGCACCAGCAGGGGGAUGCAGGCCGCCCAGCUCAGCCCCACGGAGAUCAGCGCGGUGCGGCAGCUGAUCGCCGGCUACCGAGAGUCCGCGGCUUUUCUCCUCCGGUCGGCAGAUGAACUGGAAAACCUCAUUUUACAGCAGAACUGACUCCGGGCGUCCGCGUAGCUCCUCUGUCAGAAGACAAUUGACAUCCUCUAGAAAGAGGCUCCCACUCGUGUCCUGCUCAGGACCGACCAUCGUCCUCCCACCUUGCGGGUGGGACAUUUCCUUUGAGAGGUGGGAUCCAAGAGACCCGUUUUCUUUCACACUCCGAGCACCUGGGACUUUGGGCACAAAGACGCAUUUUCGAACCAUACUGCACAGACCAGAAGCCAAACGUGCGACUUGGACGGGUGCGGGACUUUCUAGGGUGGAAGGGAGCCUGGGGAGGUUGGGGCUGCAGCUGUAUUUAGGAGACCCUUUGUGGACCCCACUGUUAGAGUUCCACCCCCAGAUAAUUACCUUUCCAGUCUUAGGUGAGCUGAAUCGCAUAUUUAUUGAGAAAUGGACCCUCCUCUCCCCUUAGUAAUUUAUUUUUCUGAAAAUGGAUUCGUUUAAGUUUGUACAGGUUGCCAGUUGUGUGUCCGUCUGAUGAGAAGGCAUUUAUUCCUGUGAAAUAACACAUUCCAUGUCACUACACUACUAACGGCUGGGCAGCGACGCCGCUCCUCCUGGAAACCCGGGUCCCACAGGGCGGUCGUCCGCGAGCCCGGCAGCCUCCGGGCUGCUCGGCCUCCCAUAAGCUUAGGUGGAAGCUGAAGAAGGAAGAAAAGGAGCGCCCUGUUUAGACCUGAUCUCUAAGCAGUCCUGUAGCAGCAGCAGUGGGAUCUGAUAUUUCCUGCAGAGACCCAGCAAGCUCAGUAGACCUCCGACCAGAAGGACCUCUCUCUCUCUUUCACUCGUUUAAAAUUGAAAAUUAAAAAAAAAAAAAAAAAAAAAAGAGAAAACAAGGAGACAUCUGAGAAACACUGUCCUGCGUUCAUGAUCUGUUUUCUACCUCACACUCCAUUGUGGGCUUUUUCCAGGACUCCCCGAUCUGGCUCUUAACGGUUCACCCCUGAACGCGUGCAUGACGCAUAGCCCGACUGCUCGGCAGAGACGCGGAGGCCGUGGAGGAGCGCAACACUAAGCCAGCAGCUCGACACCUCGCCUGGCCUGAUGCCCUCUCUGCUCCGAGAAAGGAAGGUGCGCUGCUGCUGCCGCAUGAUCAAAAACCAUCCAAUCGCUCCUUGAAACCCAGGCUGUUUUCACACGUGCAUGUGAAGCCAGCGCUGGGGCAGCAGCGACAGAACUGCUUAGGAUAGGCACCUGGGACUAACAAAAGGUAGGGCAGGCGCUUGGGGAGGAAAGGCAUGCCGCUCCAGCCCCACGAGCCGUUCCCAAGGAAGCAGAGGCCAGGAGACAUUCAGCAGCAGUGCCAGGGGCUCCCUGCAGGCCCUGGAGCCCCCCAGGAACAGUCCUGGAAUAAGCCCACAAUUCCUAAAGUGUGAAAAAGAGAUAGGCCUGAUUACCACUGCUCAGCCCCUUCCCUCCCCCCACACCAAGGCACUUCCCUUUGCUCAGUGCAAUACCUAUCACCAGUGCUGCUAAACCAGGGACUAUGCUCGGGCAUCGAUGCCGAGCAGGGCCAAGCAAUGCAACGUGGUCUGUAGCCAUAAAAAGCAGCAGCAACUGCUGCCGGAGAGCCCGUGAGACUUCUCCUCGCCUCCUCCCUUCCCAGUGCUGGCGGAAACCCAGGCCUGCUCUCCUCCGGAGGGCAGGAGCCAGGAGAAAGCAGCCCUCGAUGAGUGCCGCGGCGGCGGUGAGCGUUUGGAGUGCAGGUGGUUUCCUUCUCCAACUCCUUUUAGACCAACUUGUCACGAGCCUGUCUCGGUGCGGAUGGUUUCUGCGGGGGUCAGGCCUGCACUGCAGAAGUCAGCCGUGCUAACCCAGGGGUUUCAACCGCUGCAGGUGGCAGAGGCUGAACCUCCAUUGUAUUUUUGGAAAGCUUUUUCUUAACCAAAUUCCACCCCAUAAACCAGAGGGGACAAGCAGUGCUGGCUGAGGAACAAAGCCCUGCUCUUCGCUGUAGGAGAGCCAAGGCCUCAGGCUCUCUAGACAAGAGCCUGCCUAAGCUCAGCACUGGAAGGGAUUUCCUAUUGCAUUGACCUUUUUCCCCCCAAACCUGGAAACUUUUCCCAGCUGCUGGAGAAAGGGGACUCAGCUCCUGACCAUGUCCUACAGUCAGAGUCCCCCCAGGGAGAAGGUGGGGGGUUGCCGCGGAUCAGACUUGGCGCCCCCCCCCUCAUUCCAACACGAGCCAAAAGGGGCAAGUGUGCGGGCACGUCCCGACCAGGCCAAGUUGCGGGGAGGGCAGGCCAGUACCAAGGUCGAGGCAGCCGAGUAAAGAACCACCAUGCACAUCCAGACCUUCGGACAGACACUUUCCCAGCACUUCGCAAGCCUGCUUGGUUUGUCCACCCCCCGCCCCCCCAUACUUUGAAUUUAUGUAAAUAUUUAUUUUUGUGUGAAUACCAUGAAGUAACAAACCCUUUACAAAAUGUAACCACAGCCAUUUGUGAAAGUCUUAAUGUUAAAGAAAGAGAGGCAGAGACAAUCGCUGUCCCAGAAUUCUCUCUAUAGAUAACUUAAUUGUUGCCUCUGCUCCUUAAGAGGCCAUCGUGAACAUGUAGCCAUAAGUUUGCCAGCCAAUUAACUAAGAAAGGGGUUGCCCAGGGGCUUAUUGCAAAGAGAUCAACGGCAGCGAGAGUUCGAUUCAAGCUGUAUUUAUACCGGUUCUAGCUGUCUUUACCAGAUCACCUUGGAACUUGGCUUAGCGCAUGUGUUAAAAGUUCAGUAGCUCUUAAAUAGUUUCAAACACUGGCCGAACAGAGCUGAGACUCUGGCUUGCGUAGGAAAAACAACGGACAACCCACCCGGCGACACCAACUGAUGUUCAUAGCUUGCAGCUGGAGGGUACACACGCAGAUGUCUGAAGCCCUGGUGACAGCAGCAUCUGUGACAAGUGAAACAAAUGGGAUCCACUACAUAUUUCUGUCAGGGAACUUUUUUUUUUGGGUUUUUUUUUUUGGGUAAGCUGCAGCUUUAGUUUCUUUGGAGCUAGCUCCACGGGACAUCUCAGUGCUCUUUAACUGGUCCUUACUCGAUAUCGGCCCUUCUGUGCGCAAAACCUGUCGUUUCACAGCCACAAUCCUCAGUUCUCCCUAGAUACUACAGGACUAGGAAUCUCCGAGUUAGAUUCUCAGGCAGAAGGAAUGAGCAGGAGCAGAACACACUGGCUUUCCAGACUUCAUGACGGCUGAAAGGAGAGCCCUAGUUUAGCGGACGGUCUGGGGGACAAAAAAAAAAAUCUCAGUGAUCAAGAAAACAUACGAUUUUUGUUUCCUUGGGAAUCCUCCUCGCGGGCAUGCGUGGGCUGUCCAGUGCCCAACGCCGCGUUUCAGCAGGAGGAGGAAGAAGUGUUCACGGGAUGCCAAGCAGAUGCGACUUGUACCUCCCUCCCCAGUGCAGAGGGCUGCUCCCCUCUGGCGGGCGGCUGUAGGAUUUAGUACCAGUUCAUUUACAAAAAUGCUGCUUUGAACUCAGAGGGUUAAAUAAUAUACUUUUGAUUUGUAAUUUUUUGUAAAACUUUUUACAAGGUAGCAUAGUAUUUCACCAGAAUACCAACUACAAUCCGUCCAUGGUCUGAUUUUUAUAUAAUUUAGUGGUGCUUUAGAAAACUUUUGUUUGGUUGUUUCAGAGCCGUACAGCUCAGUUCUUCACCUGUAUCUACCUAAGACCAAUGUGAACCUUUGUAUUUUUGCUCCUAAUUUUGGACUCAGUGAAAGUGUACUGUUUACAUGUACAGAACUCCCAGCCCCUGUGUGUUCUGCAAGACCUGCUGUUGAAGAGGAAGAUGCACCUCACCCAGUUCAUCUGCCUAAGAAAGCCACAGACUCACUUUCUCUCUCACGGAAACGUUUCACCGUCUUAAAAGACAAAACGCCCCCCCCAUCCCUCCCCCCCCCAAUGCUGAGAUGUGCUGUAACAGAUUUGUUCUUUGCACAAUCUAGUCUAUCUUGAGUGGUCAACUUAAGAAAUAGCUGUGGUCUAAAAACCUGAGACCUGAUACGAGAGAAUUCACUGAAAAACCGACAGCCAGGACCCCGCAUGGAAACAGAACCAUAUGAGGGUGCUGUUUCACCAGCCUCCUUCCCUGGUACCCAAGGCACGAAGGAAAAGCUGCUCAGCUGGACUUGAAUCCAAGCUGAAUAGAGCAGCAAUCACAACAGCUGGGGAAGGGGGAAGAACCUGCUUUUUCCUUCAGCACAACUGGAGACGCGCGUCCCCGCACGCCUGGUCAAGCCAUCCCCUAUGCUGAUUUCAGAAUGAAACGGUAGGAGAGGAGUCCCUCGGGAGACACGGGGGUCCCCGAAUCAAGUCGAAGGCGCCUCAUUUGGAAAGCCAGUACUUUCCAGGGGGCUCGAGUAGCAAACAUGGCACUUAAACCACCAGGGGAAGAGAAUCCAACUUCUAAGGUGACACUUUAUUGCGUAAUCAAUUGAUUCCUUUCUAAAUGAUAUUUUUGCAGCUAGGCACCUAUGCAACUCAAUGUGGCUCUUUUAAGCAGAUGAGCACUUCCUCCUCAAUGAGCUCUAUACAAAUGAUUUGUGUUAUAUACUGUGGAUUUUUCCAGUAAAUGUGGCUUAAUAUUUUAAUUCUUAGAAUGUGUGUCUAUUAUAUAUGUGAUGCAACUUAAUUCUGUUCUGUUUGUGGAAUGAUUAGCACAGGCCAACUCCCUGUUCCCCUCACUUAACAAAGACCAAUGAGCUGUUAAUCAAGCUGUUAUCUCCAUGGUAUUACUUGCUAAAUGCACUGAUUUCAUAAGUAUGUGGAAUCCUUUUUUCUUUUGAAUCUGUAUAUCAUAUAUAAGACUGAAUCUACUUAAUAAACACUGUAUAACAAA